UCCAAAGUUACUAUAAUAAGUAGCAUCCGAUUGUUUGGUAAUUUUGUUAAGCAAAAGCGAUUGACCAAAUAUAGUCAAAGUUUUUGUUCAUCGCAACUACCAAUACCUUUUCAUUGAAGGAAUAUUAUUGCUGGUGGUUUAAUCACCUAAUCCCCCACCUGCAUUAGCCAUUUCAAUUUAAAUUACUCUUUCCAUCUUUAAUCAUUCACCAAUCAGUAGCUACCCUUCUUUAAUCAACUAGUAUUCACUCAAUCAAACAAUCGUAUUUGCUAAAUGGAAAUCGAAUCGCCUUCUUCAACUGGAAAGAGUCAUUUCAAGCUAUGGAGCGAACUAGAGUUGCACGAAUUUCCAGAUAAAUUCGUUAUCAGACCAGUUAAAUCUCCGGGUCAAGGCUUCUCUAUCGCUCGUUCCGAUGGAACCUUUCGUAAUCUUGACGGUGAAGUUAAUUUGGAAACUGCUUCCAGGAUGUAUACUAUAUUUGGAGUUGCUGGAACAAUUAGAUUGCUUGCAGGGACAUAUGUAUUGGUUAUAACUUCUCGCAAGGAGGUUGGAACUUACCUUGGUUAUCCUGUCUUCAGAGUCAUUUCUAUGAAAUUCUUAUCCUGUAAUGAAGGUUUAAGUAAUCUUAAUAAUCAACAAAAAAAAGACGAGGCUUACUUCCAGACAUUGUUGAGAACUGUAGAGGAGACUCCUGGAUUGUAUUAUUCCUACGAAACAGAUAUUACAUUAAACUUACAGAGAAGAUAUAAGUUGGCUGAUGGGUGGAUGAGUAAACCAAUUUGGAAGCAGGCUGACCCACGGUUUGUUUGGAACAGGAAUAUCUUGGAGGAGCUAAUUGAGAAUAAGCUUGAUGAGUUCGUUGUGCCACUCUUACAAGGAAGUUUCCAAACUGGACAGCUGAAACUGAAUAAUUUAACAUCCACAAUUACAUUAAUAUCAAGGAGGUGCACAAGGCGUCUUGGUACUAGAAUGUGGAGACGUGGAGCUAACCUAGAAGGUGACACUGCAAAUUUUAUUGAAACUGAACAGUUGCUGGAGUAUAAUGGAUUCAAAUCAUCAUUUUUACAGGUUCGAGGUUCAAUUCCUCUAUUGUGGGAGCAAAUUGUUGAUUUAAGUUAUAAACCGCGUCUUGCUGUUAUUGAGCAUCAAGAUACACCAAUGGUGGUGAAACGCCACUUUCAUGAUCUUAUGCAAAGAUAUGGAGAUACUAUUGCUGUUGACUUAACUGACCAGCAUGGAAAUGAGAGCCUUUUAAACCUUGCAUUUGCCACAGAAAUGGAAAAGCUUCCUGAUGUUAGAUAUGUCUCGUUUGAUUUCCAUCAACGAUGUGGCAACCGAAAUUUUGAGAAUUUGAAACUUUUGUAUGAUGAAAUAGCCGAUGACUUUGAAAAGCAGGGCAGAUUCUUCCUCCAAACCACACAAGGAGAGUUGGUAGCAGAGCAGAAAGGAAUCAUCCGAUCCAACUGCAUUGACUGCCUUGACCGCACAAAUGUUACCCAGAGUUAUCUUGCAAGGAUUUCUUUGAAUCAACAAUUGCAGCGGAUGUGUGCACUAACACAAUCAGAAAGCAUUUGUAGUUUCACAGCUGAUGAAGAUCUUGAGAUCUUCAGGACUUUGUGGGUGGAUCAAGGUGAUGAAAUCAGCCUCGAGUAUUCUGGAACAAAUGCUCUAAAAGGGGACAUUGUCAGAUAUGGGAAACAGACUAUAUCCGGAUUAAUCAAAGAUGGGAUGAGUGCCCUUUCAAGAUAUUAUUUAAAUAAUUUCCAAGAUGGAGUUCGCCAGGAUGCAAUAGACCUAAUAAGUGGUAACUAUACUGCUAACGGAAACAGUCCUUCCCCAUUUCAACUAAACAAAUUCGAAACACGCACUUUGUUUCCAGUGGCCUCAGCUUUAUUGAUCGGAGGGUUGACAGUGACAUCCAUCACACUUAACCGAGGACAAAACGCACAGAGUAUGAUAUCUUCAGUAAUAUGUGUUGGUGCAACUGCUGGAAUGAUGGCCCUGGUGAAAGCCAACGGAAGACAAAUCUGUUCUAGGCCUCGUUUGUGUGGCCUUCUAUAAUUUCGUCUUUUAAAUAUUCCUAUUAAGUGCUGAAUAGAUAAUGAUGUUUGGUUGGGCUCUAUCAACAAGGGCAGUUUAUAUUCUCUUUUAUUUUUUGUACCAAUAAUAGCAUAAUGCAACUCAUAAUAGCAAUGUGCUUACAUCUCUUCACACAUAAUAGCAGUGUUCCUAAACAAACAUUUUUUUUUAAA